AUGUCCACCCCUGACCCACCUAUGGGCGGGACCCCUCGGCCGGGCCCUUCCCCAGGCCCUGGGCCGUCUCCAGGGGCCAUGUUAGGGCCUAGUCCUGGACCCUCACCUGGCUCUGCUCAUGGCAUGAUGGGCCCCAGCCCUGGGCCCCCCUCCUCAGGACACCCGCUACCUCCACAGGGUCCCUCAGGUUACCCCCAGGACAACAUGCACCAGAUGCACAAGCCCAUGGAAGGCAUGCAUGAGAAAGGCAUUCCUGAAGAUCAGCGCUACGCUCAAAUGAAGAGUAUGGGCAUGAGACAGGGUGGCCACAGUGGCAUGGGACCUCCACCCAGUCCUAUGGACCAACACUCUCAAGGUUACCCCUCUCCUCUGGGUGGUUCUGAACAUGCCCCCAGUCCGGUACCUGCUAACGGCCCUCCGUCUGGUCCCAUGAUGCCCUCUGGUCCUGGUGCCAUGGAGGCCGGUGACCCGCAGGUCAUGGGUCAGCAGAACCGGAGCGGAGGUGUUGCUGGUUCGGGACCCAGCGGAGGACCUCCUAAUGCAGGUGGGCCUGGUGUCACUGGCGGACCCACUCCUUUUAACCAAAACCAGCUUCACCAACUGCGCGCACAGAUCAUGGCCUAUAAGAUGCUGGCACGCGGGCAAGCUCUACCUGACCACCUCCAGGUGGCCGUGCAGGGAAAACGGCCCAUGCCAGGCAUGCAGCCGGGGAUGCCCAACAUGCCCCCUGCCUCAGGACCACCUGGAGCCGGACCACCUGGACCAGGAGGCCCUGGACCGGGGGGACCCAACUACAACAGACCACAAGGAAUGGCCGGACCAAACAUGCCUCUUCCAGGACCUUCUGGUGUUCCUCCAGGCAUGCAGGGACAACCCACUAAUGGACCACCUAAAUCCUGGCCUGAAGGGCCAAUGGUGAAUGCUGCUGCCCCUGCAAGUGCCCCACAGAAGCUGAUACCUCCUCAGCCCACGGGCCGCCCGUCUCCAGCACCACCUUCGGUUCCUCCCGCCGCUUCACCUGUCAUGCCCCCUCAGACCCAGUCUCCAGGACAGCCAACCCAGCCGCCCAUGGUGCUUCAUCAGAAACAGAACCGCAUCACACCCAUCCAGAAACCCCGGGGUCUGGACCCAGUGGAGGUCCUCCAGGAGAGAGAGUACAGGUUACAGGCUCGUAUUGCUCAUCGUAUUCAGGAGCUGGAGAACCUUCCAGGUUCUCUGGCUGGAGACUUGAGGACCAAAGCCAACAUCGAGCUCAAGGCACUUAGGCUCCUGAACUUUCAGAGACAGCUCCGCCAGGAGGUCGUAGUGUGUAUGAGGCGUGACACAGCCCUGGAGACAGCGCUGAACGGCAAGGCCUACAAGCGCAGCAAGAGACAGUCCCUGCGUGAGGCUCGCAUCACAGAGAAACUGGAGAAACAGCAGAAGAUCGAGCAGGAGCGCAAGCGCCGUCAGAAACAUCAGGAGUAUCUCAACAGCAUCCUUCAGCAUGCAAAGGACUUCAAGGAAUAUCACCGCUCCAUCACGGCGAAGAUCCAGAAGGUGACCAAAGCCGUAGCAACGUACCACGCCAACACUGAGAGAGAGCAGAAGAAGGAGAAUGAGCGUAUCGAGAAGGAGAGAAUGAGAAGGCUGAUGGCUGAAGAUGAAGAGGGCUACAGGAAGCUGAUCGAUCAGAAGAAGGACAAACGUCUGGCUUACUUGCUACAGCAGACGGACGAGUAUGUGGCCAACCUCACAGAGCUGGUCAGAGCUCACAAAGCUGUCCAGGCCCUCAAAGACAAGAAGAAGAAGAAGAAAAAGAAGAAGCCGGAGAACGUUGAGGGUGGAGCUCCUGCUUUGGGUCCAGAUGGAGAGCCGCUGGAUGAGACCAGUCAAAUGAGUGACCUCCCGGUGAAGGUGAUUCACGUGGACAGUGGGAAGAUCCUCACUGGGAUGGACGCUCCUAGAGCUGGCCAACUGGAUACCUGGCUGGAGAUGAAUCCUGGGUACGCGGUGGCCCCGCGAUCUGAUAGCGAAGACAGCGGCUCGGAGGAGGAAGAGGAGGAGGAGGAGGAGGAACAGCCUCAGUCGUCUCAGGCCCCAACAGAGGAGAAGAAGAUCAUUACAGAUCCAGACAGUGAGGAUGUGUCCGAGGUGGACGCCCGUCACAUCAUUGAGCAUGCCAAGCAGGAUGUGGACGAUGAAUACGGUAAUGCAGCAUUCGUGAGAGGACUGCAGUCGUACUACGCUGUGGCUCACCAAGUCACAGAGAAAGUGGACAGACAGUCAAGCCUGCUAAUAAAUGGACAGCUCAAACAGUACCAGAUCAAAGGUCUGGAGUGGCUGGUGUCUCUGUAUAAUAAUAACCUAAAUGGCAUUCUGGCUGAUGAAAUGGGUUUAGGAAAAACCAUCCAGACCAUUGCACUCAUCACCUACCUCAUGGAGUACAAACGCCUCAACGGACCCUUCCUCAUCAUCGUCCCCCUCUCGACUCUGUCGAACUGGGUGUAUGAGUUUGAUAAGUGGGCUCCAUCUGUGGUGAAAGUUUCGUAUAAGGGCUCUCCCGCUGCUCGCCGUGCUUUUCUUCCUAUCUUGCGCAGCGGCAAGUUCAACGUGCUGGUCACCACUUAUGAGUACAUCAUCAAAGACAAGCAAGUGCUGGCCAAGAUCCGCUGGAAGUACAUGAUAGUGGACGAAGGCCACCGUAUGAAGAAUCACCACUGCAAACUGACUCAGGUGUUGAACACACACUACCUGGCGCCCCGGCGUCUGCUGCUCACCGGCACGCCGCUGCAGAACAAGCUCCCCGAACUGUGGGCGCUGCUCAACUUCUUGCUGCCCACCAUCUUCAAGAGCUGCAGCACCUUCGAGCAGUGGUUCAAUGCUCCGUUCGCCAUGACCGGAGAGAAGGUGGACCUGAACGAAGAAGAGACCAUUCUGAUCAUCCGUCGUCUGCACAAAGUGCUCCGGCCCUUCCUGCUCAGGAGACUCAAGAAAGAAGUGGAGGCCCAACUGCCCGAGAAGGUGGAAUAUGUGAUCAAGUGCGACAUGUCGGCUCUACAGAGAGUGCUGUACAGACACAUGCAGGCUAAAGGAGUGCUGCUCACCGAUGGCUCGGAGAAAGACAAGAAGGGUAAAGGCGGCACCAAGACUCUGAUGAACACUAUUAUGCAGCUGAGGAAGAUUUGCAAUCACCCUUACAUGUUCCAGCAAAUUGAGGAAUCUUUCUCUGAGCACUUGGGCUUCACCGGAGGCAUUGUUCAGGGACCUGAUUUGUACCGUGCCUCUGGUAAGUUUGAACUGCUGGACCGUAUCCUGCCGAAGCUCCGUGCCACCAACCACAAAGUGCUUCUCUUCUGUCAGAUGACCACGCUCAUGACCAUCAUGGAGGACUACUUCGCCUACCGUAACUUCAAAUACCUCCGCUUGGACGGAACCACUAAGGCUGAGGAUCGUGGCAUGCUGCUGAAGAACUUUAAUGAUCCGUCCUUUCAGUACUUUAUCUUCUUGCUGAGUACCAGAGCAGGAGGUCUGGGGUUGAACCUGCAGUCCGCUGACACUGUCAUCAUCUUUGACAGCGACUGGAACCCUCACCAGGAUCUGCAGGCCCAGGAUCGCGCCCAUCGUAUCGGGCAGCAGAACGAGGUGCGUGUGCUGCGUCUGUGCACCGUGAACAGCGUGGAGGAGAAGAUCCUGGCCGCUGCCAAAUACAAGCUGAACGUGGACCAGAAGGUCAUCCAGGCCGGUAUGUUCGACCAGAAGUCGUCCAGCCACGAGCGCAGGGCUUUCCUGCAGGCCAUCCUGGAGCACGAAGAGCAGGAUGAGGAGGAAGAUGAAGUGCCAGAUGACGAGACUGUUAACCAGAUGAUCGCUAGAAGCGAGGAAGAGUUCGAUCACUUCAUGCGCAUGGAUCUCGACCGCCGUCGCGAAGAGGCACGCAACCCGAAACGCAAACCCCGGCUGAUGGAGGAGGAUGAGCUGCCCACCUGGAUCAUGAAGGACGACGCCGAGGUGGAAAGGCUCACCUGCGAAGAAGAAGAGGAGAAGAUGUUCGGCCGUGGCUCCCGUCAAAGAAAAGAAGUGGACUACAGCGACUCUCUCACAGAGAAACAGUGGCUGAAGGUGAAUGAGGAAUCACAUCUGCACUAUCGAACCUUUGCUUAUAUGAAGGAAGGUGUAUUGACGUACUUUACUGCUUCUCAGGCCAUCGAAGAAGGCACCCUUGAUGAGAUUGAAGAAGAGGUGCGCUACAAGAAAACGACCCGGAAGAGGAGGCGCGACCGUGACCUCGACCUUCCAGGCCCGGCCACGCCCAGCUCCAGUGGGCGGAGCAGAGAUAAAGAUGACGACAGUAAGAAACAGAAGAAACGAGGUCGUCCUCCUGCUGAGAAGCUCUCUCCCAAUCCUCCCUCACUCACCAAGAAGAUGAAGAAGAUUGUGGACGCAGUCAUCAAAUACAAGGAUGGCAAUGGAAGACAGCUGAGUGAGGUGUUUGUUCAACUGCCGUCACGUAAAGAGCUGCCAGAAUAUUACGAACUCAUUCGCAAGCCUGUGGACUUCAGGAAGAUCAAGGAACGCAUUAAGAGUCAUAAGUACCGCACUCUGAAUGACCUGGAGAAAGACGUCAUGCUGCUCUGUCAGAACGCUCAGACCUUCAACCUGGAGGGAUCACUGAUCUACGAGGACUCGAUCGUGCUGCAGUCCGUGUUCACCAGCGUGCGGCAGAAGAUCGAGAAAGAGGAAGAGAGUGAGGGAGAAGAGAGCGAGGAGGAAGAGGACGAGGCAGAUGAAGGAUCGGAGUCUGAAUCUCGUUCAGUGAAGGUGAAGAUAAAGCUGAGCCGAAAGGAAAAGGUGGAGAGAGGCAAGGGAAGACGGCGAACCGGACGCAGUUGGCGCCCUAAACCUGUCAUUAGUGAUGAAGAAAGUGAGGAGGACCAGGAAGAGGAGCGUUCGGCUAGUGGCAGCGAGGAAGAUUAAACAUUCUUCAGGACCAAUCAUUUCUGCUGAAGAUACGUCAUUUGACCAAGAGAUCCGACAGAUGCCCUGUUCAUGAAGGGCCUAGUUUUACCCUAGAACAGAACAUUUUUAGACCGAGAGGACAUGUUUACGAAAAUGAUUAAAUGAGAAAAUCACACUAUAAAAUGCAGAAGAAAGUCCUUCCAUUUGCAUAUUUAAGCAGAUGAUCUUCUUUUAUGUAUAGCAAGACAGUUUAAGGAUUGAGCAUUUUGUUUCUUUCCAUGUUUGUUUUUUUUUUUAUGAUUUAUUUUCAAGGACGUGACAUAAGAUGAACAGAUAUCUGACAGACUGACUCACAGUGGACCAGUAAGAGCGGAUCAUGCUUCAAUGUCCUCUUAUUGUUUUUAGCCGUGUGAACGUCACCCCUUCAACCCCCCGCCCCCCAACACCACAGAAUGCAUGUUGUUUGUGGAAAACGCAGCCAGUUAUUUCUCUUUCCGUUUUUCUCUCAGUUUAAAUUAAGAUUGCAAAGAGGAUUAAGGUACUUCCUUCUUAUAUACUUGGGAGAAAUGGGGGAGACUAGGGUGUAGGAUUCUGUACUGUGUCAGUGUCACUGGAUUUCCAAAAUGCACAAUAAAGGCAUCUCUGAAAGA